AUGGCGUAUAACGUCUCAUACGGCUCACAGGGCUUCUGCGAUCCUACCUUACUGGCCACGAUGCCGCUCGUUCAGGAGCCCCCGACGUCGAAUGGUCUCGGCCUCGGCCUAUACAGCUCGUGCUUCCAGGUGGAAGCCGCGUACCCCUGGCACAUUCCGACUCCUCCAAUUGCGCCCUCUACUCCCAUCAAUGUCCCGCACGGCAUGUUCAAGUUUAGUCAAUAUGCCAGCGAUGCGUACACGGUCCCAGCGUAUGGCUCGAACGCUCCCCACGUGCCGGCGGGACAGGGUUCCGCAUCCACAUCCUCAGCCUCCUCCGUCCCCUGGACGCCCAGCAACGCCGCCGCACCCGUGUUCACCCCCGGCGCAACACAACAAACGGGCCAUUACGCCUCGUCCACCCCCAACACUGCACAUGCACACGCCCCCCAUCUCUACCAGCACCAUCUCCCCUCAGGACCCCCAGGGCAUCCGAGUCGCUCGCCCCCUCCUCCUAGCUCCACUCCUACCUUCACUCCUACCUCCACUCCUACCUUCACUCCUACCUCCACUCCUACCUUCACUCCUACCUCCACUCCUACCUCCACUUCCACCCCCACCCUCUCACCCGACCCAACACGCCAACGCGCGGUCUACCUCGGCUACGUCUCCUCCGCCCAGCACGAGCGCUGCCCCAUGCCCGGGUGCCCCGCCGCGCUCUCGGGCAGCGCGGGCGCGUGGCGCGCGCACUUCCGGACGCACCACCACCGCGACUUCUGCCGCGUCCCCGCCUGCCGGGGCGGCACGCGCUGCCGCACGAAGGCCCGGUGCCCGUUCCCGGACGCCUGCCAGGACGCACCGGGGACGAUCGACAGCCUCGGGCGGCACCUGCUCGCGGUGCACGUCGGGGCGGUGAAUCGGUGCCCGACGUGUGGGCUCGAGAAGGUGUGGCGGAGCGAUUCGUGUAAGAGGCACGUGGAGAGGUGUGGGAGGAAGGGUGUGGAGGAGGCGGAGAAUGAGAAGGGGCCGCGGCGAGCGAAGAACGCGAAGGCGUGACGGUACGGGACGCUGAUUAGGAGUGGUGGCUAUGCCUUGAAUUUGGAUGGAAGUGGCAUGAUGUUGUGCGCUGGCGUGCGCACGGUGCGAUAUCUUCGUUUCAGCCUCUGUGCUGUUUGAUAUUUUGCCGCUGUCAUACAAUUAUGGUAAUUAUCUGACGGUAUACGGUGACCCCGCAUAACACGCACUAAAGCGAUACCUUACCUGCUUGUAGAUUGCUGUAGUGGUCGUGGAGCGAUAGUAAAAGAUGCAGUACACAUAAUAUACGAACGUUUCG